AAACAAUGAGCAAGGUUGAUGAUGCCCGAGAUAUAUCACAACAGAUUUCUGAGCUCACAAUGUCUGAUACAAAAGUGAAUAAACUGUCUGAUAAUGAAGAAAUUGCAAACGAUGAGACAAGUUCUUCUAAAAAACUUACCCACAAAGAAAAGAAAAAGUUGAAAAAGAAACAGGAAUAUGAAAAGCAAAUGGAAUCUCUCACUAAGAAGGGUGGACAAGGCCAUAGUACCUUAGAUAGCAACUUUACUGUUUCACAGGUAGAGAAAUCUGUUGGUCAAAAACUUGCAAUGGAAAAUGCUGUAGAUAUUAAAAUUGAAAAUUUCUCAAUAUCAGCAAAAGGAAAUGAUUUGUUUGUUAAUGCCAAUUUAUUGAUUGCAAAUGGUAGAAGAUAUGGUCUAGUUGGUCCUAAUGGUCACGGUAAGACGACAUUAUUGCGCCAUAUAGCUGAGAGGGCCUUUGCAAUCCCGCCUAAUAUCGAUGUUUUAUAUUGCGAGCAGGAGGUUGUGGCUGAUGAUAAAACUGCAGUCGAGAGUGUUUUGCUUGCUGAUGUUAAACGGACAUCAUUAUUAAAUGAAUGCCGUGAACUAGAAAAACGGACGGAGGCUGGAGAUCUUGAAGCACAGGGCCGUUUAAAUGAGGUUUAUGAAGAACUCAAAGCGAUAGGAGCCGAUUCAGCUGAACCUCGCGCACGAAGGAUUCUUGCUGGUUUAGGAUUUUCGAGAGAAAUGCAGGAUCGAGCAACUAAAAAUUUCUCAGGAGGCUGGAGAAUGCGUGUUUCAUUGGCAAGAGCUUUAUAUUUGGAGCCCACUUUGCUUUUACUAGAUGAACCUACAAAUCAUUUGGAUUUAAAUGCUGUAAUCUGGCUUGAUAAUUAUUUGCAGGGAUGGAAGAAGACUUUGUUAGUCGUUUCUCAUGACCAAUCUUUCCUUGAUAAUGUCUGCAAUGAGAUCAUACACCUCGAUCAACAAAAACUGUUUUAUUAUAAGGGAAAUUACUCAAUGUUCAAGAAAAUGCAUGCUCAGAAGCGUAAAGAAAUGAUCAAAGAAUAUGAAAAACAAGAAAAACGCAUAAAGGAGCUGAAAUCACAUGGUUCUUCUAAAAAGCAGGCAGAAAAGAAGCAAAAAGAAGUCCUAACACGUAAACAGGAAAAGAAUAGAAGUAAAAUACAAAAAGCAGAAGAAGACAAUGGACCUACUGAACUACUUGCUCGACCAAAAGAAUAUAUUGUCAAAUUUAGUUUUCCGGAUCCUCCUCCUCUUCAACCACCCAUUUUAGGACUCUACAAUGUAGAUUUUGGAUAUGAGGGGCAAAAACCUUUAUUUGUUGGUGCAGAUUUUGGAAUAGAUUUAUCGAGUCGAGUGGCGAUUGUUGGGCCCAAUGGUGUAGGCAAAUCCACAUUCUUGAAGUUAUUGACUGGUGACAUUACACCAAUCAGAGGAGAAGUAAAACGCAACCAUAGACUGGUAUGA